AUGGUAUUAAUCGAUUCAUCGUCAAACGUUAUGAAUAGUAGUAGUAUUAAUCAUCAACCACAUCAAUAUAUUUCAUAUCCACUUUUAUUUACACAAGCCAACAAAAUUGUUUCUUCUUCAACCCAACAAUCGAAUAUAUUUUUACAAUAUCGUUAUCCAUCUUCAGAUACUAUCAAUACAACAAUCUCAACAGUUCUACCAUCUUCACUGAUUAAAAUCGAUUCCUCUACUUCUGAUUAUCAGCAAUUAUUUAAAAAUUGUCUGUUUUCUUCUCGUAAUUCCAAUCAGUUUUAUUUAUCACCAACAACUGUUUCUCAAACAUUUAUAAAUAACAAUAACUCAAUUGUUAACAAUAAUUGCCAGAUAAAAUCACCAAUAAAUAUUAAUAACGAUAUUCCUGGAGGCGCUAAUUUUAUACAGUAUCAAUCUAGGAAUAAGCGAUCAACAUCAUCAAAUUCAACAUCAUCGUCAAAUUCGGCGUAUUUAAAUCAAAUUGGAACAACUUUAACGUCAAGUAAAUCUUCUCACUAUUCGCCAAUUAUUCUUCAACAUCAGUUAUCUUCAUCUUCUCCAAUUCCAUUUCAUCAUUUUAUACCAUCGCAAUCUCAUUUGAUCGCACCGCCGCAGUCAAUGUCCAGUGGUGGAUUUGUGACCGUUCAACCAUCACAACUACAACAAAACAAUUCAUCAUCAUCUUCGUCAAACUCUGGAAUAAUGGCAGCAAAUCCUACGCCACCGAGUCCCAUUAAUAAUUUACUAACUAGUUUUCAAUCUACUGUUCAACAAACAUCGUCACCCAUUCAACAACGUACUCCUCGAAAACGUAAACAAACAACAAUAUUAGCGGAAAUAGCUGCAAAAGAACCAUGUUUGUCAUCUCCGACAACAAAUUCGUUGAAAAAAAAUUUAUCUACGAUUACACAAAUGGUGCCACCUCCACCCCCACCUCCACCUCCACUUCCAAUAACAAAAAAAAUAUCAGAUUUUUUUGGUCCAUCACGAUCAAUUCGUUCAUCAUCUGACAAUCCUUCAACUGUGAAUAUUCAAAAUAGUAAAAUACAACCUGGUGAUCAACAAUCACAAUCGAUUUCACAUUCCAUUGAACAAAAUAGCAAUAAUCUAUUCUCAUCUACCAGUGAUAGUCAUCUUGUUGGAAAAUAUCAUCAUUCAUAUAUUCUAAAUUCAACAACAACAUCUGUGUCAAAUAGUAAACUAGUUCAAACAGAUUCUUUAUCUAGUCAAUCAUCUCUUCCGUCGUCUACUGUUAUUAAUAAUAUUUCAGUAUCUCCUGCUGAAGAUAAACAUCAUCAGCAAACAAUUAUUCAAUUACAACAAUCAUUAGAUGAUUUAAAAAAACAAAAAACUGAUGCACAAAAAGAAUAUGAAACAUGUCAAGCAACAAUUAAAAAAUGUUUAUUAAUGACAAAGUCAUUAUUAAUUGAAAAAUCAACAUUGGAAAAGAAGCAAGCAAGACAAAAAGCCAUGGAAAAUCGUUUACGUUUAGGACAAUUUGUAACACAACGACAAGGAACAUCAUUUGUUGAAAAUUGGAUUGAUGGUUGUGCAUUUUUAGAAUUGAAUAAACAACAAGAACAAUUACAACGAACACGAGAAGAACUCGAUAAACAACGACGAUUAUUGGCGAAGAAGAAAAAUGCAUUACAAGCACAACAAGAUGAACAAUUAAAUGAUUCAGCUACAACUACAACAACGACUAUGACAAGAGCCAAAAGAGGAGCAAAACCGCCUGUUAAAUCAACACCAUUAUCAACAAAUCACUGUCAGCAUCAAAAACAGUAUCAAGGAGCAGCAAUCGUCAAUAGUGUUCAGUCAAUAUCUUUGAUUAAUACGAUGAAUAAUGGUCCAUUGAAUAAUCAACAACCAUCCCAAACUGCAUCUGAUAAUUCAAAUGAAUCAAAUGUAUUUUGUCUUCCUUGUUCAAAUUGUGCUGGUGAUCCUAAUACAAAUUCAAAUUCGUCAACAUCUUCUUCAUCGUCACAAACAUUUACACUUAAUGAAUGGUAUGAACAGGAUGAAAUAUUACGUUUAAGACAACUGACAUUGAAAAAAGAAGAAGUAGAAUUACAACAAGAUUUAGAAAAAUUAGAUCGUGAAAGAAAUUUACAUAUUCGAGAAUUAAAACGUUUACAUAAUGAAGAUCAUUCAAGAUUCAAUCUACAUCAAAUAUUAAAUGAACGUUAUUUAUUAUUAAUUUUGGUUGGUAAAGGUGGUUUUUCAGAAGUUCAUCGUGCAUUUGAUCUAAAAGAACAACGUUAUGUUGCGUGUAAAAUACAUCAGUUGAACAAAGAAUGGAAAGAUGAGAAAAAAGUUAAUUAUAUUAAACAUGCUCUGCGAGAAUAUAAUAUACAUAAACAUCUCGAACAUAAUCGUAUUGUUAAAUUAUUUGAUGUAUUUGAAAUUGAUACAAAUUCUUUUUGUACAGUAUUAGAAUAUUGUCAUGGAAAUGAUUUAGAUUUUUUUCUAAAACAAAAUAAAACCAUACCAGAAAAAGAAGCACGUUCAAUUAUUAUGCAAAUAGUCAAUGGAUUAAAAUAUUUAAAUAUCGAAAUUAAACCACCAGUGAUUCAUUAUGAUUUGAAACCAGGCAAUGUUUUACUUGGAUCAGGUGAAAAAAGUGGUGAAAUUAAAUUAACCGAUUUUGGUUUAAGUAAACAAAUGCAUGAAGAUUCAUAUGAUGAUGUUGACGGCAUGGACUUAACAUCACAAGGAGCUGGAACAUAUUGGUAUUUACCUCCAGAAGUAUUUGUUCAAGGUCCAAAUCCACCCAAAAUCUCAUCAAAAGUCGAUGUAUGGAGUGUUGGAUGUAUAUUCUAUCAAUGUCUCUAUGGUAAAAAACCGUAUGGUCAUAAUUUAUCUCAAGCAGCCAUAUUGGAUCAACAGACAAUUUUGAAUGCUAAAGAAGUUGUCUUUCCUAAUCGUCCACAAGUAUCGAAUGAAGCAAAAUUAUUUAUAAAACGUUGUCUAACAUAUAGCGUUAAAGAUCGACCCGAUGUACUUCAACUGACUGAAGAUGAAUAUUUAAAAUCUUAUCCAAAACGUACAACAUCUACAUCAUCAUCAUUAUUAUUUUGUCCAAAAUAA